GGGGCUUUCUUGGGCUGCUUCUGCAGAGCAGGAGCAGUGAAGCAGCCCUAUCCAUAAAUGGCGGAGUAGAGGCGUUGGUUUCGCGUCUACGAUCCGUGAUAUAUCUCCCACGUAGCGAGCUCGAAGUCUUGCCGACGAAAAACGGAGGCAAAUCAAGUAGAGGAAGGUUAUGGCAGUAGAUACAAAGUAUUAGCAUGGAUUUUCAGCCUGAAGGACUCAGGACUUUUCCGAUACGACGACAACGAUAUAAGCAGUUGUGAACAUCACUGAUGUGGAUCACUCAUAGUCUCUGUCGUAUUUCUUUAUGAUACCGCCCAUUUAUCGUAGAAAAAGAAGUAUAGCGUAAAGAGCUACCCAUCUCUCUGUAGAGGGCUACCCAUUUGUAGAAAAAGAAGCAUAGCAUUGCCCGAAAGUACUACCCAGCUCUCUGUCGCUAAGAUUAGCCGAUGCCGGUGCAUGCUCUUCUGAUAAGG